AUGCACAGCACAGCUUACUUGUUGCUACAAAAAGAAUUCCGGGAGUUUAGGGAGAGCCAAUACCAUGGUAUUACUGUCCUUCCUCUGGAUGAAAAUAUGAUGGAUUGGGAUGUUUGUUUGGAAGGUCUCCUGGGCACCCCUUGGCAAGGGUUGUACUUCUACCUGACCCUGAAUUUUACGCCAGAGUACAACCUUGUCCCUCCAGUUGUGAAAUUUAAAGUACUGCCAUUUCAUCCCAAUGUACACCAAGUUACCCGUCGGCCUUGUAUAGAUUUUUUGGACAGCCUUAAAAAGUGGAGAAAAGGCUACACCUUGAGCAGCAUCUUGCUCUCCCUCCAGGUUAUGCUUUCGGAGCCAGUUCUAGAUAAUCCAGUGAAUUUGGAAGCAGCCAAAAUGCUAAUUUUGGAUCCAUAUACAUACAUGCUCAUAAAUCAUAGAAUUUUCAAAGAGACAGUGCUGUUGACAAGUAAAAAAGUCAAGCCUGAUAUUACUAAACACCUGAAAGCACCUGUCAAAUUAACUAAACGAAUCUCAUUUAGUGAUUACUACAAGACAUGGUGUACAAUAGCCACAUCCAAAGUGAAUGACUGUCACAGAACCCCAUUGCUUGAGGAUCCGAAUUUUAUUGGAAUGUAUUACAAGUGGAAGGCAGCAGAACAAGAACAUCCUGAUGAGUGGAAUUUGAAGUAA